GAUCAAGCCAGAUCUCAUCCACUGUCCAGUCGAGUGCUUCUUCCAUCAACACUCGACUGCUGACGAUGGUCCAGCUGCGCAUCAAGAAGCGCAGCGGCGCCUACCUCGGUGCCAUUGAGCUGCCGGCGACAGCAUCCGUCGAGGAGUUCAAGAAAGAGUUCCACCGCAGAUGUGAGCAGAGAGAGAGGCGGGAUCAGUCGGGGCAUCAACGACACAUGACCGAUGCUGCCUCUGUGUCUGUGUGUGUGCUGUGCAGUCAAGUUCUAUCCUGAGCGGCAGCGCUUCACAAUCGGAUCAGGUGCGCCAGCCAGCCAGCCACAUGGACAAGGGGUCAGAGGCAACGGCAGAUCGAUCUGGGUGGGUGCAUUGGAUGUUUGGUGUGUGUUCAGGUAGCGGUCCGGCGUUGAAGGAUGGGACGCUGCGCGACAACGGCAUUGAGGAGACGGAGGAGGGCUACCUGCUGUUCUUCAAGGACCUGGGCGUGCAGAUCAGCUGGCGGCUCGUGUUCGUCAUCGAGUACCUGGGGCCGAUUCUCAUCUUCCCCAUCUUCUACUGCCUGCCGCAGCUCAUCUACGGCCAACCGGCGCCCAACAAGCACCUCAUCCAGAAGUGGGGAUGGGGAUGCAACCAUGACGUGCUGGAGGCCAUUUAUUGGCGACUUGGGGUCUGUGUGUGUUUGUGCAGGGUUGCGUUUUGUUUGGUGCUGCUUCACUACAUGAAGCGGGAGCUGGAGACGCUGUUUGUACACCGCUUCAGCAACGCCACCAUGCCCAUCAUCAGACUGCCCAUCAACUGCCUCCACUACUGGUAUGAAUGAAGAGCCCACUCACUGAUUGCAUGACUCACUCGCGGCACUGCCCGCAUCGCAUCCAUGGCGCGUGUGCGGUGCUUCUUUCGUUCAGGGUGUUGUUCGGCACAAGUGUGGGGUACUACCUCUUCCACCCCAAGUACACGGCGCCCGACUGGAGCCCCCAGGCCGUAUACAUACUUGCCGCACUCAUGAUGGUCAGCAAGACAGCACCACACGUACACACCAGCGAAAGGCGGCUGUAUGUGUUCUUGUUGGUCAGGUGUGCGAGUUGUUGAAUCUCAAGACCCACUUGAUCCUCAGGAACCUCAGGCCAAAGGGCACCAAAGCAAGGGGCAUUCCCAAGGUGAAACGGACAUCAUACUGAUGGUCGUCCACACGUCAAUGCAUUGGCGUGUGUGUUGUGACCGGUCAGGGUUGGGGUUUCCAGCUGGUGUCGUGCGCCAAUUAUUUCUUUGAGAGCCUGGCCUGGGUGUUCUUCGCCGUCAUGACUGGCACACUCACCGGUCGGCACUCAAGUGACACUGACAGGCAGACCGACAUGUGUCGACACAGCCCUUUGCAUGUGUACCUUCUCUCUCUGUGUGUGGGCGUGUGUGUCAGGUUGGGUGUUUCUGGCGAUAGCGUUCCUCCAGAUGGCCGACUGGGCCAUCAAGAAGCACCAGAGAUACCAAGCCGAGUUUCCUGACUACCCAAAGUCAGCAGCGAAAGAUCUACCUACCCACACAGAGCACACAAACGUGUUGACCCGUGUUGCUUCCUCUGUACGUGUCUGUGUCACUGCGUGUGUGGCGUGCAGGAUCCGCACGGCCAUCAUUCCCUUCAUUCUGUGAGUGGAGACUGUAGUGUCGCUCUGCCGCGUGUAUGCCAGGAGGGGGCGAAUCCGUGAACCCCUCAGUGUCUGUCAGACAGACAGACAGACAGAGAGACAGGGAGGCAGUCAGGCGGACAGGAUUGUGUCACUUUUGUUUUGGCUCGGGCAGUGCGUGUAGCACGUGGACUCUGUGUACCAUAGCUGCACGGAAGCGUGUGAACAGGCACGCAUCAUCCGACAAACUGCCCGAAAACUGAGCGAACCCCAAUCGUCUCAGCUCGCCGAUUACUCAACUUCUACUUGCUCGCGAGUCAAUUCUGUGGAAACGUGAGUGUAUCAAGUGAACGAAUGGACCUCUAUCUG